AUGAAAAGAGGCGGAAAUCCCAAAAAGCGACCGCCUCCGUCGCAUACCCCACCGGCGGGGAAGCAUCGAGCCACCGGUAAUCCGACGCCAUCUCCGGUAAUCGGAACCCUAGAAGAUGAAUUUGUUGACGAGGAUGUGUUCAUGGACGAAUCCCUAGUUCUCGGCGAAGAAGAUGAGGAAUCCCUAAUUCUUCGGGAUAUGGAGGAGCGUGAAGCGGUAUCUACACGGUCUUCGACUUGGGCUCGACCUCCUCUCUCACCUGCUUAUCUCUCGAAUUCGGAGAUUUAUCAGCAAUUGGAGAUUGAUUAUGUACUUAAGGAGAGUAACAAGGAGCUGUUACCAGGUUCCUCAGGGCAAGCUGCAGUCAUCAGGAUUUUCGGUGUAACCAGAGAAGGUCAUAGUGUGUGUUGCUUUGUUCAUGGGUUUGAGCCUUACUUUUACAUUCCUUGCCCUCCUGGAAUGGGGCCAGACGAUAUUUCUCAUUUCCAUCAGAUUCUGGAGGGAAAGAUGAAGGAAUCCAAUAAAAAUUUCAGCGUUCCGAAAUGUGUUCGUCAUAUAGAAAUGGUGCAAAAAAGAAGCAUAAUGUACUACCAACAGCAAAAAUCCCAAACGUUUCUGAAGAUUACAGUUGCAUUGCCGACUAUGGUGGCUACCUGUCGCGGCAUCCUUGAUAAAGGCAUACAACUUCAUGGAUUGGGUAUGAAGAGCUUCCAAACAUAUGAGAGCAACAUUGUUUUUGCUCUCCGUUUCAUGGUUGAUCGCGAUAUUGUGGGAGGAAAUUGGAUCGAAGUGCCUGCUGGAAAAUAUAAGAAAAACGCAAGAACUUUUACAUACUGCCAAUUGGAGUUCAAUUGCCUGUACUCAGAUUUGAUCAGUCAUGCUGCAGAAGGUGAAUACUCGAAAAUGGCUCCAUUCCGUGUACUAAGUUUCGAUAUUGAGUGUGCAGGUCGUAAAGGACACUUUCCAGAGGCUAAGCAUGAUCCUGUGAUCCAGAUAGCGAACCUUGUAACUCUUCAGGGAGAGGAUCAACCAUUUGUACGCAAUGUCAUGACUCUUAAGUCAUGUGCUCCAAUCGUAGGCGUAGAUGUCAUGUCUUUUGAAGCAGAAAGAGAGGUCUUACUAGCUUGGAGGGAUUUUAUUCGUGAUGUUGAUCCUGAUAUCAUCAUUGGCUAUAACAUCUGCAAAUUCGAUUUGCCGUAUCUGAUUGAGAGAGCUGCAACACUGGGAAUAGAGGAUUUUCCUCUUUUUGGUCGUGUAAAGAACAGUAGGGUCCAAGUCAAGGACUCAAGACAACAAGGAACAAGAGAAAGUAAAGAGACCACAAUUGAAGGACGAUUUCAGUUUGACCUUUUUCAGGCGAUACUUAGAGACUACAAAUUAAGUUCUUAUUCGCUGAAUUCUGUCUCAGCUCACUUUCUUUCCGAGCAGAAAGAGGAUGUCCAUCAUUCUAUAAUAACUGAUCUACAGAAUGGGAAUGCGGAAACCAGGAGGCGUCUUGCUGUUUAUUGUUUGAAGGAUGCAUAUCUUCCUCAGAGGCUUCUGGACAAACUUAUGUAUAUAUAUAACUAUGUUGAAAUGGCCCGUGUAACUGGUGUCCCUAUUUCCUUUCUUCUUGCUAGAGGACAGAGUAUCAAGGUUCUAUCUCAGCUUCUUAGGAAAGCUAAACAGAAGAACCUGGUUCUUCCGAAUGCUAAACAGUCUGGGUCGGAACAAGGAAGCUAUGAAGGCGCAACUGUUUUAGAAGCACGAACAGGUUUCUAUGAAAAGCCAAUUGCAACUCUGGAUUUUGCUUCAUUGUACCCGUCAAUUAUGAUGGCUUAUAAUCUUUGCUACUGCACCUUGGUGACACCUGAAGAUGUACGCAAACUGAAUCUUCCACCUGAGCAGAUCCAUAAAACUCCAUCAGGGGAAACAUUUCCCAUCAAAUUGGAGUUUGAGAAGGUCUAUUUUCCAUAUCUGCUGAUUAACAAGAAGAGGUAUGCUGGUUUGCUGUGGACAAAUCCUCAAAAGUUUGACAAAAUGGACACUAAAGGAAUCGAGACAGUACGAAGGGAUAAUUGUUUACUGGUCAAGAACCUUGUGACCGAGAGUCUUCACAAAAUACUAAUUGAUAGAGACGUUCCAGGCGCAGCCGAGUAUGUUAAGAAUACAAUUUCGGAUCUUCUCAUGAACCGUAUUGACUUAUCACUUUUGGUGAUUACCAAGGGCCUAACUAAAACAGGAGAUGAUUAUGAAGUUAAAUCAGCUCAUGGUGAACUUGCUGAACGCAUGCGUAAGAGGGAUCCUGCUACAGCGCCAAAUGUUGGGGAUCGGGUACCGUAUGUUAUUAUAAAAGCUGCUAAAGGUGCCAAGGCUUAUGAACGGUCAGAAGAUCCGAUCUACGUGCUUGAGAAUAACAUCCCUAUAGACCCAAAUUACUACCUGGAGAAUCAGAUUAGCAAGCAAGGAACUUCUCCAUGGAAGUCACACGAGGUCAAUAUCAAUUCCUACUCCUUCAAACAGCGGCAUUAUGAAAUUUGCCAAGAAACAACUGAGCUGUGUUGGCUGCAAAGCUUCGAUCAGGUACAUCACGGUCAUUUGCCUCUCAAUGGAACACUGUGCUCACGUUGCAAGGGGAGAGAAGCCGAGUUAUACUGCAAAAACGUGUCUCAGGUGUCAGACCUAGAGGAGCUCUUUGGAAGGCUGUGGACUCAGUGCCAGGAGUGCCAAGGUUCUCUUCACCAAGAUGUCUUGUGCACCAGUCGAGAUUGUCCAAUAUUUUACCGGAGAAUGAAAGCACAGAAGGACAUGGCUGUAGCCAAGCAACAACUUGACCGUUGGAGCUUCUAA